CAAUCCUUCGUACGGAUUAGCAAUCGUCUACGACCAAUCGAAUGGACCGAUAGUGUGACGGUGGAGAUGCACGACCGUUGGCUCACGUUCUACACAAUCUCCGCCUCUCGGAGGGGAACCGAAUCCGCGAAAUCCGCCGGCCCUUCAUUGUUGCGUGGCUUUCUUUCACUAAUUUGACUUCAGUGCAUCUUUCCGUGUCGUGUGACAAGAGUAUUGGCAUUAUCUCAUAAUUAUACGGUUAUAAGGUGAAUUGUGAAGUCUUGUCUUGGCAAAUGCCUUCCGAAUCACCGACCCACGCCGAAGGGGCGCCGUCCUCUGAGACCGCUCCUUUGCUUGGUCCCAAUGCUUCCGCCGCAAACAACGCCGCCGAAGUACGGUCCAAUGGCACAUUCCCGAAUAAGAACAGUUCGGUCGUCAGUACUAGCGAAACGGGAGAUGUAGAAAAUGGUCAGGCCAGUGACUCUGAUGACGAUACCCGGAAAGGCGAUGAUGUCCCGAAGUUGAAAGUAAAUUUGAAGGCGCUAUUCCCGGCGAUGGCCAUUGGUGUCUUCUUAGUUGCUAUGGAUCAGACAUUAACCAUCGCCACAUAUGGCAGAAUGGGCAGUGAGCUCAACGCGUUGAAUUCGACAAGUUGGAUAUCCACUUCUUAUUUUCUUACCUUAACAGCCUUCCAACCGUUAUACGGCAAGGUAUCCGAUAUCUUCGGCCGUAAGGAGUCCCUGCUGUUUGCAUACUUUGUGUUCGGUUUAGGUUGUCUAGGAUGUGGUCUAUCCCAGGACAUCAUCCAGCUUUGUAUAGCUCGUGCUGUAGCCGGAAUUGGUGGUGGCGGUAUGAAUGCCGUCGUUACUAUUCUUUUGACUGAUAUCGUGUCUCUCCGUGACCGCGGUAUGUGGCAGGGCUACAUCAAUAUCAUUUUCGCCGCGGGUAUGUCAUCAGGCGCGCCCAUCGGUGGUCUAAUAGCCGACAGUAUCGGCUGGAGGUGGGCGUUCACCGCCCAAUUUCCACUAUCCAUGGUGGCUUGGCUAGCUGUGUAUCUAGUACUCCAUCUGCCCAAGACGGACCACGCGCACUGGACUUCUAAAGUGCAGCGCGUUGAUUUCUUAGGCGCCUUUAUUCUCGUCUCGGCCGCAUUUGCGUUAUUGUUCGGCCUCGACAAUGGUAGCAACGAGGGCUGGGAUAAGAAGAUCACCAUCAUCCCUCUAGCCUUGACUCCAGUCCUAUUCGCUCUCUUUAUUCUAGUCGAAGUUAAAGUAGCCUCGGAACCCUUUGCGCCGGGACACAUCAUCCUAGACCCGCCAUUGCUCGCGGCGUAUAUGGCUAACUUUUUCGGUGUCGCGGCGCAGAUGGGCGUGCUAUUCUUCAUUGCACUAUUCUUCCAAGCUGCUAUGGGUCUCUCAGCUACAGAGUCUGGGUUUGUGUUCAUACCUAGCACGUUCUUCGGACUUGCAGGGUCUCUAGGAGGCGGCCUCUUCAUGCGCCGAACUGGGAAGUAUUAUUGGAUCACGCUGCUUGGGUACACUCUUAUGAUCAUCAGCGUGGCGCCGAUGGUGGCAUUUACCGGCGUGGUGGCGAAAUCAACUGCAGGCGUUAUCGUAGGGCUAUGUAUUCUUGCUUUUGGUGGCGGUAUCUCAAUCACCAGCACUCUCAUCGCUAUAAUUGCCAACGCGGCCCCCGGAGACACCGCAGUAGCUAUCGCGUGCUCAUAUCUAUUCCGCUCGCUGGGAACGACACUUGGAAUUAGUAUCUCGACAGCUGUCCUGCAGCAAGUGCUGCGCACAAGCCUCGCCGCCUCCCUCGGCGACGAUGAUAACCGCGCUCGACAGAUCGAAGAGGGUGUCCGUCAGAGCUUAGAUUACAUACGCAAGCUUGAGCCGGAGAUCGCGGAUAUAGUAAGGACUUGCUAUGCGGUGGCUAUACAGUGGGCCUUCAUUCCGGUUAUUAUCGUCGCAUUUAGUGCCUUGUUGGCGAGCGCUUGGGUUAGGGAGAGGAAGCUUGAAGGAAGGUAGGCAGUUGAUACGUAUCUAGAUAUGACAAGAUGCAAGAAAAGCUCAAGGC